AUGGAAUCCAAACCCGGUCAAAAUAUCAAGCUCCUCUGUAGCUACGGCGGCAAAAUACGUCCACGAUCUACUGACGGCGAACUCCGUUACGUCGGCGGCCACACGAGAGUACUCACCGUCCAACGUUCAAUCUCCUUUUCAGAAUUGAUGGAUAAGCUUAGGGAAUUUUGUGGUUCGUCUGUGAUCUUGAGGUGUCUAUUACCCAAGGGAGACUUGGAGACCUUAAUUUCCAUCACCAACGACGAAGAUCUCUCUAACAUAAUCGAAGAAUACGAUCGUGCCUCAUCGAAACUGGAGCAUCCAAUGAAGGUCAGAGCCGUUCUCUUGCCGCCGAAAUCGGCAAAAAAGGUUUCGUCUGCUCCGUCGUUGUCCUCGGCGUCAUCCAGCGCCAGUCACUCUCCGUCCAGAUCACCUCACACGUCCGCCGAGUCCCUGCCGUAG